AUGGCGACACUCGAACAACACUCCGUCCUCAAUCAACGAAGAAUUCUCAUAACCGGUGGUAGCGGCGGUCUCGCUAGCCAGAUCCUACAGCUCUUCUCGCAGCGUGGCUGCGAAUACCUACACUCUGUGGAUCUCCGCCAGCCUUCUCAUCGCCUUGACGGUAUUACGUAUCAUCAAGCAGACCUGACCGAUCCCAAUUCGAUGCACCAAGUCUUCCAAGAAGUACGACCCAAUAUGAUAAUUCAUACCGCUAGUCCUAAAUUCGAUGCCCCGAAACAUAUCAUGUACAAAGUCAACGUGGAGGGUACCAAGACCUUGAUCCAAACCGCGAAAAAACAUGGGGCCCUAUUCUUUGUAUACACGAGCUCUGCGAGCGUUAUCAGUGAUGCUAAGGCUGAUCUGAAGAAUGCCGACGAGACCUUCCCUGUGAUACUUGGUGACCAGCAGCCGGAAUUCUACGUGUCUACAAAGGCCCUCGCGGAGACAUAUGUCCUAUCACAAAACACACGAUCGCAAGAUGGCUCCUCGCAUUUCCUGGCUUGCGCGAUCCGGCCCUCUGGCAUCUUUGGUGUCGGCGAUCUUGUUACAAAGGUACAGAUCGGCGACAACGGCAAUCUAUUCGACUUCACCGAGAAUAAAAACGUAGCUCACGCGCAUUACCUUGCCGCCGCGGCGCUUGCCAGGUGCGAGGAGAACCCGCCUUUAGAUGAUGUGAGGGUAGAUGGGGAAGCGUUCCUUGUCACCAAUGACGAACCUCGAUAUUUCUGGGACUUUACGCGGACAGUUUGGAGAUACGCUGGAGACAAAACGCGGCCGAAUGAAGUAUGGGUGAUCACUAGAUCAUGGGCGUUGCUGCUGGCAGGAUUGCUGGAGUGGGUGUUCUGGAUAUUCAGAUUGGGCGAACCACCUCUAACGAAGACGAAAGUUCGACUUAGCUGCAUGACGAGAUAUUUUUGUAUUGAUAAGGCGAAGAACAGACUUGGGUACAAACCCUUAGUUGGUCUCGAGGAGGGAUUGAGGCAAGGGGUAGAGGACUGUAUGAGACGGCGGAACGCAGAGCAGAGUGCUCAUUUUAUUGGAGCCCUAGGAAGUCUGGAUCCAACAGAUGACAGAAGAAGGUCUGUGUUCCAUCUUGCUAUGGAUGGGCAAUCAAAGUCGCGAGACUCAUUGUAG